AUGGACGUCGUACUGAACGCUCAACCUGAACGCAACUACUACACGAAUCUGGUGCGAAACAUUAAGACUGCCAUCAUACCGACCUUCACCUUGGAAUCGGGCCAACAACUCCACCGAGUGCCUGUGGCCUACAGUGCCUUUGGCACCUUGAAUGAGGAGGGAGACAAUGUCCUUUUAAUUUGCCACGCCCUCACCGGGAGCAGCGAUGUCGAGGACUGGUGGAAGCCCUUGAUCGGUCGAGGCAAGGCGGUCGAUACGAGUCGAUUCUUUGUUAUUUGCUUCAACUCACUCGGGUCGCCGUAUGGCUCCGCAUCACCUCUCACGACCGACCCCAUGACCGGCAAGCUGUACGGGCCGACCUUCCCCGACACAACAUUCAGAGACGAUGUGAGAAUCCAGAAGAUCGUUCUCGACGCACUGGGUGUCAGACAGAUCGCCUCCGUCAUUGGCGGAUCGAUGGGUGGAAUGGUUGCCCUAGAGUGGCCUCUGUGCACGCCUCCCGGUUACGUGAAGACGGUGAUCCCUAUCUCGACCUCAGCUUAUCAGACUGCAUGGGGCAUCUCGUGGAAUACGUCACAGAUUCGAUGUAUCCAAGCCGACGCACAAUACAAGGGAGGAUACUAUGCUCCUCACCCUUCCAGCCAGCCCAUCCAAGGCCUAGGGGCUGCACGAAUGAUCGGGAUGCUCACCUAUCGAUCAUACACUUCCUUCGAAGCACGAUUUGGCCGGCGCAAGGCUGGACCCAAAAAGACCUCACAGGCCUUCUCAAGACCCAUGACUUCCAUCCCCUCUCCACCGCUCCCUGCGGUUUCAGACGACGUCCCUGAGACGGCAGCCUCAAAGACCGAGGCGCAGAGCUUCGGCCCGGCCACGAUAUACUCGGCCCAAAGCUACAUGCAGUACCAGGCGGACAAGUUCCUAAAGCGCUUCGACGCCAACUGCUAUAUCCACCUGCUGCGCAAGAUGGACUCGCACGACAUCACAAGAGAGCGGACCUCAACAGUGUCGUUCGAAGAGCACCCCAGCGUGAAAAGCGUUGCCGCCGUGCUGGCCUCAUGCACCGCACCAGCCUUGGUGGUGAGCAUCGAAUCAGACAUGCUGUUUCCAGCAGAACAGCAGACACUGCUGGCCAAUUCUCUGCCACGGGCAAAACUGAUGAAGCUGGAUUCGUCCGACGGGCACGACGGCUUUCUGCUGGAGAUGUCGGCGAUGGAACAGGCGAUCAGUGCGUUCUUGCGGAAUCAUUGUGCCGAUGUCUUCGAGGCUCCUGCUUUCGACGACAGCGAAGGCGAUAGUGAGGACGGUGUGACGAAUAGUGUGUUUGGCGAGUUGGAUUCUGGCUUUUGA